AUGCCCAGCCUAUCUUUUAAUGGAGAUAUUCUCCUGCUGUCGGCGUUGUACUACCCAAGCGAUGGACUGCUCGAACGAUCCGUCCCCGUUGUGACGACGUUCGAAGGAGGGAGGAACUGGGUCGACGUGGAGCGCAUCAUGACGCGCGACUUCCAGAUCUUCUCCCGGACUAUAGCAGUCCGUGACGACCAGGACAAGCUACAUCGUUUCAUGCUGUUUUGGCAGACCCAAACGCACGAUAGGCAUCCUCGCGCUCUCCGCAUUAACGAGCCGGCGAAGGCAGUCGUCCCUGGACAUACGUUCCGGGGUGAUCUCCUCAUCAUGCGUAUCGGUGUACGUCGUCCAUACACACAUCUCACAGAUAGCGGGGAGAAGGCGUUUGCACGGGCGGCCCUUCGAAGAUUCCUGGAUACCGCGACGCAUAUUACGGAGAUGCGCCAGGCGAACAACAGCGACAUCCGCACGAUCAUGCCAGCAGACCUGGACGGGCAUUUCCUCCGAGUCGCGUCGCCACGCAACUCGGGGAGUCGAUAUGUUUUCGAGUUCGACAAUGAGGACGUCGCGGCGCUAAUGACGGCUUACGUCAUGCUCUCACGCCCCGCGACCUCAGCGCUUCAGUCCGACGACUUGCAGCCCGUCAUGCUACAUGCGGCGGCGCUCAACGCUCACAGCGUCCACCAUCCCGCAGCUGCAGCACCUCCGUCGCAGCCCCGCCGUCGUUGUCCGUCCGAAGCCCGCCCGGAACGAAGGAACCCGCCAGCCGGCGGGUCGAAGCACGGCGGCUUAGCCCGCGAGGACGUCCGCCAGGUCGACAUAGGAGAUGCGCGACGACUCUCUGCGAAACGUUGGCAGGAUGUCGCUUUUAUGCGGAGUCCUGUAAGUGCGCUCUUCGCGUGUCCUUACCCGAAGCUGACCAUUCGCGGGGGACUGUCGUCGAUGGCGGAUUCAUCGCCACCCGAAAGCGACCCACAGGUCCUAGGCGUCGACCACCUCCGUUUCACGCCCUCGACUCUGGACGGGGCAGUGUCAGCUACGCGGCGGGCGCUGAUCGUUGUCGCAGCAACAGAAGCAAAGUCGGCGAGCUCCAAGUCGCGCAGCCGGGGGAGCGGUACCGUAGGAGGGGCCAUGCCCGGGUGCGAAGAAGAGAAAACCCCUUACCACGUACUUGCCGCGCCGAAUGCGCUAGCGAAGGCGACGCUUUGCGCGAAGAUAUGCGAACUGCAGCCCACACCUCGCCCGCCCAUCCGUCGCCCCGGUCUCGCCCCGGUCGUCCGUUUUGGUUUCGACCAUGCGUUGAUGACCGGGCGCGAUCGCAACUGUUACGACCUCGGUUACUACAGUCAGGUAUCUGGGCGCCGCACAAUGCAAGACCUCAGUCAUAAGAGCGCGCAGAAGAACCAGGGGCUCCCCGACAUCGUAGGUCUUUACGUUGACUUCACGGCGACACUCUUGGACAUAGUAGGCGAUCCUACACGCAGCCCUGGCGAGACCUUGGAUGUCGCCAUCGCUCCUUGCGCCACUGAAGUUGACCUGAUCGCGAAGCCCGCGACCAAAGCUGCUGUUAACGACCCCGUUGACUAUCGCCCCGCUGUCUAUGAAGCUGGCAGCGAUGUAUCUCUCCUCAUCAUACCGGGCCAAGGACCGAAAUCACAAGCAGACAUUGACGUGUUUCUGCGGCCGCUUCCACUGAUACGCGGACCUCAAAGGGACGGGCGAUGA